AUGAGGGUCUGUCUCUUGGUCCUGUUUGCUCUGGUGGCUGUUGCCUUGGCUGCUGAUGAUGAUGAGAAGUCCUCUAAAAACCUCAGAGUUGAGGUGAUGAAGAGGGUCGUGGCUGUCCAGAAGUUCUUCAAGGAGGAUCCCCUGGGCGUGAAGAUUGGUGAGCAAAUGGUGGACCUGUUGGAGAUCCUGAAACAAGGCAAGUGCACAUGCUUCCUUACUAAUAGUUACCACAUGCUACUGUUUGAAUCCAGACUACGUCUCCGCAAGCGUUUGGCCGACUACCUGACUAAGCUCGAGGCCUAG